ACACCGGUGACCGGAAAUGAGACAAUACGCUUACCGCAGCAAGUCAGCACUUCACUGUAAAGUCUCAGUGUAUGAUAUCCUCAGGAAGUGUAAGUCACACUGAUUGAUAUUGCUAUGUGUUUCAUGUCUGUGUGUAAAGAUUUGUCAGGGUUAUGACUUCAAGAAGGAGUAAAAUGUUUGACUCAAAUUCACCUCAGGCAAUAUCUUUGCCUCACGCCUCUGCCCCCGUGCCUCCCCUUCAACUUUCCCACACCCCACUGAGGAGGCUUUUUGCUUUUUCUUUUGGCUUUGUCCUGUGGAAUGUCCAUGUUUAUUACAGACCACAUCCUGUAAUUUCCUGAUGAUUAAAAUGCCAUCUGAAACAAUGAGUGAUGAGCACAGUGGAUAUUUAAUUCCCCACCUCCCCCUGUUAAUCCUGUUCGAAUGGGGCUUUAGACAAAGCACUUCCUUAGUUCUACAAGGUACAAGGUAAAUUAUUUAUCAUUAUACAACACAUGCUUGUACAAUGAAAUUAAGUUAGUAGUCCCUUCAUGCCAUCUGUGUGUAUCUUCACAUAAAAUGUUUGACAUCUGGAAAUAGUGUACAUCCACUUUGACUGUGCUUGAGCACCAAGCACCAUCGAUGUAAACAUAGGGUCUGCUUUCCCUCAUCCCGUCUUGCGCUCCUUCAGCUUCGAACACUGUCCGCCUGUUGAGUGCUUGAUCCAGGAUGUUGGUGGAGCAGGUCUUUGCAAAGAUGUGGACACCAUCUCAGAUGUCCUGUUGCUUGGUCAGCCUGAGUCCCAUUUCGUCCAGACCGGACAUUAGCCAGGAGCAGCCUUAAGUCCAAACUGGGCCAGCUUGGCUCCUAUCCCUGCUCUUCCUCUUCUCCCGGGGCAAUCGCACAGCAUCCACCGUGGUGUCUGGUCCGGUUGAUCUGGAGGGGAGGAUCGUCUCAAGGGCCGCCGCUCUUCCGAUGAAUAGGUAAGAUGUGUUUCAGCAAUAAAGCCGGAAAAAAAUAAGAUAACAGAUAAAAACAAAAAUGUAGUGGAGUUUGAAGGAGCUAGCCAACAGGUUGCUGCAUCUACAUGCACAGCCAUUUCCAUAGUCAAUAUCUCCAGAUCCAGUAGAUCUGAACAAUUUUGGCUUAGCCCUUUAAAUCAAAUUCAAUCAGACAUCAUUCAAUGAUGUUUCAGCAAUAAAGCCAAAAAAUUAACAAUUUAAAACAAAAAUGUAGCAAGAUUGAAGUUUGAAGGAGCUACCAGCUGCUGCACCUAGUAAGGUUUAAGUUUAUUGCAGGUGUCCUGUCCCAAUAACAAAUUUAGAUGUAACUACCAGGAAUCCCUUGAAGGCAGCUCAACAUGAAAACACUGUCCACAGAAACAGAAAUUUCAUACUAAAAGAGUGUAACUUUGGAAGAUACCCACUUGAUUUGUCUAGGUAUGCUUGAAACAAACUAGUUUGUUCAAAAUAUCUUCAGACCACAUCUAAAGGCAAACGUGUUACAGCUGUUCUGAAUGGCUACACUUGAAGAUGCAGUGAAAAGUCUCCUGUCAUUGAGAGGGAUGAUAUGUAAUGAGAUAACGGUGCACAUUAUUGGACAGGUGUUGCACUCUGUUGUACACACGAAAAGUGACAGCAUGCAUGUUUGUGCCAUUACAACAAAUAACCAUGUAAUGUAAUGUGAAGUAAUAGAUAUAGUGACAAAAUGAAGGAACUUGGUUUUCAGGUUGUGAUGUUCUCAGGUUGCAGAAUCUAAAACAGAUUGGGACUGCAGAGGAGAAGCGUGAGCUGUUACUGAAUCAAAGCCGUCUUUUACCUUCCAUUAUCUCUGGGUUACCAUGGGGAAUACCUUGGUCUAAAUGCGUAAAAACUGUCUUCACAAUGAAUAUCCAUUAUUCAAUUUUUAAAAAUCAAGCUGAGUGAAUCUGUUUUAUUUGAACUUUUUUCUCAAAUCCACAAGGAUGCUAAUCACCAACAUAUAAUGAUUUAAUUUGUGCCCAUCAGGGAGAGUGGUAACACUGUGGAGGCUCUGUGGCUUCCUGUUUAUGUGUCAGUGCACUUGUCUACAUGGAUUGUGUUCAUGGAUCUGCUUGUGUUAUGCAGCAGUGCUUGUGUCUGUGCUUGUGUGUGUGUGUGUUUGUGUGUGUGUGUGUGUGUGUGUGUGUGUGUGUGUGUGUGUGCGCGUCGGGAACUCAUCAGCAGGGUGGGGGGAGCUCCUGGGAAUCGACAUGGGCGCUUUGUUAGCUGCUAGUUUAGCCUGCUGAGACAAGGGGAUAUGAGGAGAGGUUAAAUCCUGGAUCUGUGGAGAUAAGGAUUAGUUGAUCCUGACAACAGAAGGCAAGCCGUGCCUCUGUAACCGAUUAGACAAACAGAAAAUGGGCACCAGCCAACUUUUAGAUGGCUCCAACUGUAGAGGCUCUUUCUCACAUAGAAGCUAAAGGUGGUGCCACUGGUGAAGGGUAUGAGGUGAAACUGCUGACUGACCUCUAGCAGGGUAACAGGAAACACAUGCUGUUAACAAGUGUCUAGAUUAUAAUGGAGUCAGUUGUGCAGGAUCAGUUUGUUAUCAAGUAAGAACUUACAUUGCACCCCAAUACAGUGGAGGGGUUGGAGGCAGAAAUCUCAAAGCCAGAUAUACCAAACCUGGACAAGCAAAACCAAAACUAUCUAACUGGUUACACACCACUAGUGGUAAUUAAGAACAUGUUUUUUGUUGUUUCUAUACUUUGUGUUAGAAGACUAGAGAGGCACUACAUAAAUGCUGUCCAUUUACCAUGAGCAGGUUGAGUGAUUUUUUACAAGAAAUGUCCACAAUGCACAAUAAAGGAGACCUUUAAUGUUGCACAGGUCAAGCUUCUCUAGUAUAAUAACUUUAUUUGCCACAUAAAAUAAAUAAGCAUAGACAUAAAAUAAACUUGUCUUUAAACAGAGACAAUUUCUCUGUCAUUUUUAGAAGUCCUAAGUAAAGUUCAGGUGGUUUAAGAAUAAAGAUCAUUGCUGUAUUUUCCUUUGGACACACCUUUUCAUGCGGAUUGUACAUUUGAACAGCUCCAUUUAAAUGAAUUUAUUUAGGCCCUCUUCUCAAAGACAACCUCUAUUAAGAUGAUGUUUCUAUAAAGGAGGGAGAUAAGAGGAAAUGUCUCACAGUCUGCUAGAAAUUCAGUAAUUCAGUGUCAGUAAUGCUUCCUGAUCCUAUGCCCUUGAGGCUAUGCAGGGGGAUUUAUAAUUCAUACAUAAAGAUGGCAUGAUUAUUGUUGCAGUCUUAAUCCAAAUUGCAACAGGUUUCGCUCUGAACUUGUUACGUCAGCAGCGCUCCACUCCCCUCACGCUUGUUGAAGACUAACAAAACCAGCUGGAAAGCUUUUUCUGCUCCGAGAUCCGCCGCGUCUAGCCAUGCCAAAUAGAAUAUUUCCCUCGUCAAUUCUGUGAAGCCAAGUGACACUGGCACCACGCCAAACGCUGCAGAGUGCACUGGGUUACAACGCGUUUGUUCUCUUUAUUCUCUCUCUCCUUGGCUGAGUAACUCCGUUUUGGUCCACUCUUUUUGCCGUGGCUUUUACCGCUCUCACCACCUUCCACCAUUACGUCCCAAAGCAAAACGGACUUUUUAGCGCUUGCUUCUCGGACUCUCCAGAGAAAGAGAAUCGUCGCCGCUGUGGUUGGUAUCAUCAUGGUAUUGGCUCUCAUCAUCGCGAUUCCCCUGCUGGUCCAAACUUCCAAGACCGAUGCGCACUACGAGAUGAUGGGCACCUGUCGGAUGAUAUGUGACCCGUACCACCCCAAACCGAGCGCCACGGCUCUGGAGGUCAUGCAGGACCUGAGCGCCAUCCCUUCUCCGACCUUUGUUCAAGGGACUAAAGGCGAGCCGGGUCGGCCUGGGAAACCCGGGCCGAGGGGUCCGCCAGGCGAACCGGGGCCACCCGGUCCGAGAGGGCCGCCGGGGGAUAGAGGAGAUUCUAGAAAGAUGGAGUAUUCCGGGGUAGUGGGCACAGCGCGUACGGAGACCGGUGGAGAGCUGGGCUCUGCUAUCGGCGGGGCAAAGAUAGCAUUUUAUGUGGGUCUGAAAAACCCUCACGAGGGAUACGAAGUGUUAAGGUUCGACGACGUUGUCACGAACCUGGGGAACCACUACGACCCGACAACCGGCAAGUUCACAUGCCAAGUGUCCGGGAUUUACUAUUUCACCUAUCAUGUGCUGAUGCGCGGUGGAGACGGGACAAGUAUGUGGGCAGACUUAUGUAAAAACGGACAGGUCCGAGCCAGCGCCAUAGCACAGGACGCCGACCAGAACUACGACUACGCCAGUAACAGCGUCGUCCUGCAUCUGGACUCCGGGGACGAGAUUUAUGUCAAAUUGGACGGUGGCAAGGCGCACGGCGGAAACAACAACAAAUACAGCACGUUUUCCGGUUUCCUUUUGUACCCGGACUAAUAUGGCAUAAUCGCAACAUUACAUCCCAGAACAGCAAUAACAGAAAUAAACUUCACUUUAAUCUAAUCAACACUUGCGGAUCAGACCGACAAGAGGAAGAUUCCACCCUGCAACUCAUAUUCUGUCUUAAAAUCGAACUUUUCCUAUAGAAUGCGGAUUAUAAUUUUUUGCCCGCAGGGAUGAAAUAAUUCCAUUUAUAUCCACAAUAGUUUCACAAGCUUUGCUGAUUUUCUUUAGCAACGAGCAAAAAGCAGAUCUCUCCAUUAUGGCAAGUUCAAGGACCCUUCUGAAACGGUUUGUUCUGCUUUGGAAAUAAGUGAAAUUAUUAUGAUAAAAAAUUUAAAUAUAAAAAUAUAAUAACCUCAGAGUUAUUUCCCCCCAUUGUUUUGAGACUCUGCUACAGAUGAACUUCCUUCACACAAUGGAUUCAGAGUUUAUAUUUGCAGUGCAGGUGUUGUUGCGUUUUCUCGUGCAUUUUGUGGAGUUGAGGUUAUUUUGCCCUGUAUAGGGGUGUAUUGAAACUAAUGAAAAGGCCUUGAUAACCACCCCUGUAUACAGAGGGCAUUGCUGUGUGAUGUGAUGCUAUUUUUGCUUGAAAGUGUGUCUCACAAAGAUAUAUAUACAGUCUAUACAUAUGUAUGCACUUAUGUAUAUAUUUAUUCAAAAAGAAAUGAAAAUCAGUGAACCCAUAUAAGCUGUAGACUACAAUUAACUGUCCAUCCAGUGUUGCAAAAAUGUUUCUUUGUAUUACAGUGUAAAUCUUGGUCAAUAAUUUCAAUAAAUUAUUGUUUUCUAACUUGGUGUGGGAGUUGACUGUCAGUAAGACCACCAAGGUGGUCAGAGUGGAACUGAGGCCAAAUAUUUCCUGUGAUCAGGAUAAAUUUGAUUGUACUGCAGGAUGUAGGUUUGAGUUAAUAGACAGAAGAUUUUUACAGCAGGCCCAAAGGCAAAUCAUUUGGAGGAAAAUAUAAUAUCAAAGCUUUUUUACCUCUGACUCCAGACUUCUUUAAGCAGCUGGUUUUGGGGUUUCGUCUAUAUUCUUCUCUCUUUAUCUCAGAAUCCAUUUCGUGUGUGAAUGCACGUGUGUGAAAAAGCAGAUGUAAUGUAAGUACAUUAACUUCAGUAUUGCACUUAGGUCCAGUUUUGGAGUGCUUGUACUUUACCUGAGUAUUUCUAUUUUAUUCUUCUUUAUAUUUCUACUGCAUUACAUUUCAGAGGGGAUUUUUGUACUGUAUUUUUGUAAAAAGACUACAAAUCUGUGUAGCAAAAUGUUGUUUUUUGUUAUUUCCUCUCCCAUAUGUCAUCUAAGAACCCCUCAUAAUCUUUCAGUUGGGAACCACUGGACAAGCUAACUGUAUAUAAAGUAGUUAAAACCAGCUCGACAUCGACAAGCUACAACAUUAUUAUUGUGUGUGUGUGUGUGUGUGAUACACAGAUAAAUGGCCUUGUCUGGCCAUGCAGAUCUCCAUUUCAGUGAUCCAUUUCUACUCUGAUAAAUGUUGAGACGACACUUGUGAAAACCUAUUCUUAUUAAACAUUUUAAUAUCAGCCUACCUUUUCAGUCAUCAUGGGCUGGUACGUGGAUAAGAGGAGCUGGAAUUAAACUGCCAACCCUUUGAUCAGUUCUACCUCCUGAGCCACAGCCACCCCCACACGUAUGAGCAUGCAGGUUUGUCCUACUCCUUAUGAGAUCUUUUUCUAAAUAAGAAGGAGUCUAAUUCAAUAUUAAAAAUGUUUAAUGUAGAUGUUUGUUAAUAUACACUCUUUAUUCUUAAAUUAGUUUGAACUCAACAGUAUAAUCAUAUCCACAAGUGUCCUCUCACAUUGUCACAUUCUGCCUCUUUGUUCUUCCCCCCACCCGUAUUCCCACUUCCUUAUACCCAUUCAUUGCCAUUCUCUUCCUGUUCAAGUUGCUAUGUGGGUUUCUUGUCUUGUGUUAUUGGUUGCGAGCUUCUUUUACUUUAACUUGGACAUGUACGUGCCUGCCUGACUACCUGUAUCUGUACCUGCCUGCCUACCUAUCUGUAUCUGCAUCUGCAUCUGCCUGCCUGCCAACCUGUACCUGCCUGUAAGCCUGUACAUACCUUUUAUCGUAGCAAUAAAUCCCUAAACUUUA